GCACUCCCAAAUACUCAGCCAACUUUAAGCUGUCGAAAUUUUUGGACAACACACAGUGAUUGUGCAACCCGCGUCACCUACUCUUGUUCCCAAUGAUCUCCAAAUUCAACCUCAACUGCUUAGUCUUAGGCGACCACCCCAGGAACAUAUUCCCGGUCAGGAUUAGAUCGACGAAGAUUGUUGGUAACUUGAAAGAUUUGAUCAAGGAAAAGAAUAAGCAUAAAUUCGAUGCUGCUGAUGCUAAGGAUCUCGAGCUAUGGAAGGUCGACCUACCUGUUGACGACACUUUGAAGCGUAAUCUCAACGAGCUCCAAUUAGAUCACAAGAAAUCAUUAUCGCCCGUGGAUGGAAUGCUCAAGGUUUUUGACAGUCCUCCGCAGGCUAUGCACCUGCAUAUUCUUGUCCAGCCGCCACUACCUGCUGGUGUUCCUCACCAGGCCGGCCACUUGUUGAUCAACCUCAACUGCUUAUUCUUAGGUGAUCACCCCUGGAACAUAUUCCCGGUCAAGAUUGCAUCGACGGAGCUCGUUGGUGACCUGAAAGAUUUGAUCAAGGACAAGAAUAAGGGUGAAUUCGAUGCUGUUGAUGCUAAGGCUGUCGAGUUAUGGAAGGUCGACCUACCUGUCGACGACACUUUCAAGCAUAAUCUCAAGAUUUUCAACGAGCUCGAACGAAGUCACAAGAAAUCAUUAUCACCUGUGGAUGGAAUGUUCGAGGUUUUUGACAGUCCUCCUCAACAUAAGCACCUGCAUAUUAUCGUUGUAUGAUCGGCUAAUACAAAGUUACUGGUCCAUGAACUCGAAAGUUCGGACUUGUCUCUAGUACCCUCAUCACGAUGCGCUCGCUACAAAACUUCAGUCUCUUCAUUAAAGAGGCUAUAUUCAUGGAGACAUCUGAGACACAAAUAUUAUGGUAAAAAAGGACUGCAGCCCUGGAUGAGUCAUGUUGGUGGAUUUCAACUGGUCCGGAACAAUAGGUGAAACCAGAUACCCACUGAACGUAUAUCGAGAACGUCUCUAAAGACCUGAUGCGGAAGAUGCACAGUUCAUCCUGGCCGAACAU